UAACAGCUCAAAUGGAGUUCGAUUUACCAUCAUUAAGUCUCGGAUCGCGAUGGUUAGCAUAACUAUAGUGUCAUUUUUUCUGCUUUCGGCGCGGCUCGCGAUGGCACUUGACAAUAUGCCGCCUGACGGCAGCGUCAAGAAUUUGUUCCCGUUAACGUUAAUUCACAUCAACGAUUUUCAUGCGAGAUACGAGGAAACGACUUUAAAGUCGAAAGUAUGUCCAGCAAAGGAUUACAACACCGGAAAGUGUAUCGCCGGUAUUGCCAGGGUGUAUUACAUGAUCAAGAAGCUGCUUAAUGACUACAAACAGCUUAAUCCAAUCUAUUUGAACGCAGGGGAUAACUAUCAAGGAACGUUAUGGUACAAUCUGUUAAGGUGGGAAGUCACUGCCGAGUUUAUCAAGAAACUAAAACCUUCGGUUAUGACCUUCGGAAAUCACGAAUUCGAUCAUGGCUUGAAAGGACUGAAACCCUAUCUAGACGAACUGGAAAAGGCUAACAUUCAAACGGUUAUUGCGAACAUGAACCUAAACAAGGACAAAGAGCUAAGUCAGUCGAAGUUACCGAAAUCGACGGUGCUGACUGUGAAUGGACAAAAAAUCGGCGUCAUCGGUGUACUGUACGAUAAAACUCAUGAAGUCGCUCAAACGGGUGGAGUGACAUUUUACAGCUCUGUCAAUGCGGUUAAAUCGGAGGCUGCUGCACUGAAACAAAAGGGCAUCAAAAUCAUAGUGGUGCUCUCUCACUGUAGUUUAGACGAGGAUAAGAAAAUCGCCCGGGAGGCGGGAAAUGACAUCGAUGUGAUCGUUGGAGCCCAUUCGCAUUCUUUUCUGUACUCCAAGGAGUCGAAGAUGCCGUACGACAAGAAGAACGAUGUGAUUGAAGGACCCUAUCCGGUGCUGGUUGAGAAUGGAGCGAAACGGAAGGUUCUGAUAGUCCAAGCAAAAGCGUACGGAAAAUAUGUGGGCCGAUUAACCUUAUAUUUCGAUCAAGAUGGUAAUGUUAAGCAUUGGGAAGGUUUUCCGGUGUUCAUAAAUGGAUCCGUUCCUCAAGAUCCGUCAGUGGCGAAGGAUAUGAUCAGAUGGAGAGAAAAAGUACAAGAAAUAGGCUCAACUGUUAUUGGUCGUACCGAAGUUGAGUUGGAGCGUGAUCCUUGCCGCGAUCGGGAAUGCACUUUGGGCGUUGUUGUUGCUGAUGCUUUUGCUGAUCAUUACACCAAUCAGACCUUCAAGCCCAUUGCAUUUAUUCAAGCAGGAAAUUUCAGAAAUCCAAUAGAAAAAGGAGACAUUACUAACGGUGACAUAAUCGAAGCAGCUCCGUUUGGGUCCACGGUGGAUUUAAUAAAAAUAAAAGGACAAAACAUUUGGGACGCAGCAGAACAUUCCUAUACGUGGGACGAUGAGAAUCGCACCAACUGUUUGCAAGUCUCCGGUUUGCGUAUUGUGAUCGAUGCCAACAAGGAGUUCUACAAGCGCGUAGUUUCCAUUCAGGUUCGCGGUUAUCGAAGCCCCAAGCAAGAAACCUAUCAGAAGCUGGAUCCUAAAGCCGAAUACUAUGUAGCCCUGCCAUCUUAUCUGGCCGACGGUAAGGAUGGAUUCGUUGCGCUGAGUAAAUCUUUGGCUAGAUGGAAAGGACCAUUGGAUUCGGACGUAUUCAAAGCCUAUGUUCAAAAGGUCCGCGUUAUCAAAAACCUUUCGCUUGGGCGAGUGGAAAUUAGAGGAAAAACGAAUAUCAGUCGAAGGAAGUGAUCUGCGAGAAAUUCGUUCAAUAAUGCGCUUGUGGUAGUAUAUUGUUAAUACAAAGGCAAUCUACUAUAUAAAAAUGGAAUUCCGUAACGUUUGAUCUUAUUGAUGUUAUUGCUUCCGUCUUAGUGGUGUACAGUCACCACCAUCAUUUGAAAUCGUUCUAAAUCAAAAAAAUAAGCGGUGACAUGUGGGUUUUUUACAUGAAAAUGUUUGUUAACGUUCAGGAAAGACAUUUGGGGAAAAAUAAAAAGUAUCUGAUCACUAAAA